AUGAAAAGGAAAGGUGGAAAGUUCUGAAGCAAAAGCAGCUGGACUGAGGAGAAAAGACAUGAGAUUGGCAUGCACUGGGGUAUCUGGGAGUCCAAACAGAAGGAACCGCAGCAAAGCCUCCUAAUGGAGUCGUGGGAAAUCAAAGCGAGGGAACAGGCCAAGUGUAAGGCUCAAAAUAGUACAAAAUUGUCAGGUGUGCUGUUGGGACGUUAUGAAAUGUGAAGGAAGAGGCGCUGACGGUAAGUAUUUUAAUCCGGCUAAGCCCAAGGAAAUCGCUCGCACCUCGCCUUCAGGCCGCCAGGCGCACGCCCAGCCACGCGCCCGCGCACGUCGGGCCAGACUCGCGCGCACGCGCCGCAGAGGCGGGACACGGAGAGGACGCAGCGUGAGGCGGGGCCAGCCGCGGUUCCCACGCCUGCCAUGGCCCCCGGAAGUAGUGUGUACGGGGAUGUGGCAGGGUGGAAGCCGCGGAUGGCGGGCGGUGGUGGGGCUGUCCCGGCAGGGACGCUACCUCUGUUGCUAGACGACGCGAGCUAGCCUUCGUCACUUCCUCAGCCCGCCGUCUGCCUACUCCCUAGGCCGGAACCCAGGGCCCGGGAGCCAGGGUGGGCACAGGAUCGUCCUCCGAGGUCCAGGACAGCGACCAGCCGGGCUGCUGAAAUAGGGACCACGCCACCUGCAGGGAAGAACCCGAGCCGAGGUGGGAAGAUGGCUGCAGACAAGCCUGCAGAUCAGGGAGCAGAGAAACAUGAAGGGACAGGUCAGUCUUCUGGGAUCACGGAUCAGGAGAAGGAGUUGUCCUCCAGUGCUUUCCAAGCCUUCACGGCAGGAAAUUAUGACACCUGUCUGCAACACCUUGCCUGCCUACAGGAUAUAAACAAAGAUGAUUAUAAAAUAAUUUUGAAUACAGCAGUAGCUGAGUUUUUUAAAAGUAACCAAACAACAACGGAUAAUUUGAGACAAACUCUUAACCAGCUGAAGAAUCAGGUCCACUCAGCUGUUGAAGAAAUGGAUGGAUUAGAUGAUGUUGAAAACAGUAUGUUGUAUUAUAAUCAAGCGGUCAUUCUGUAUCAUCUGCGGCAGUAUACAGAAGCAAUAUCAGUUGGUGAAAAACUUUAUCAGUUCAUAGAACCUUUUGAAGAAAAAUUUGCCCAAGCGGUGUGUUUUUUGCUUGUAGACCUGUAUAUAUUAACCUACCAAGCUGAAAAAGCAUUGCAUCUUCUCGCUGUGCUAGAAAAAAUGAUUUCACAGGGUAACAAUAACAAAAAUGGGAAGAAUGAGACUGGCAAUAACACCAACAAAGAUGGAUCUAACCACAAAGCUGAAAGUGGAGCUCUAAUAGAAGCUGCAAAAUCAAAGAUACACCAGUAUAAAGUAAGAGCUUAUAUCCAAAUGAAGUCCCUAAAGGCAUGUAAAAGGGAAAUCAAGUCAGUCAUGAACACAGCUGGGAAUUCUGCGCCCUCUCUCUUUCUCAAAAGCAAUUUUGAGUACUUACGAGGCAAUUACAGAAAAGCUGUGAAGCUAUUAAAUAGCUCAAAUAUUGCUGAGCAUCCAGGAUUCAUGAAAACAGGUGAAUGCCUGCGGUGCAUGUUCUGGAAUAAUCUUGGUUGCAUCCAUUUUGCCAUGAGCAAGCACAACUUGGGAAUUUUCUACUUUAAAAAGGCUCUGCAGGAAAAUGACAGUGUCUGUGCCCAGCUCAGCGCAGGCAGCACAGACCCAGGCAAAAAAUUUUCAGGAAGACCUAUGUGUACACUGCUGACCAACAAGAGGUAUGAGCUGCUGUAUAACUGUGGAAUUCAGCUUCUUCACAUUGGAAGGCCUCUAGCUGCCUUUGAGUGUCUGAUUGAAGCUGUUCAGGUUUAUCACGCAAAUCCCCGCCUCUGGCUACGGCUGGCUGAAUGCUGCAUUGCUGCCAAUAAGGGGACUUCUGAACAGGAAACUAAAGGUCUUCCAAGCAAAAAAGGAAUUGUACAGUCUAUUGUUGGCCAAGGCUAUCAUCGUAAAAUAGUGCUGGCAUCACAGUCCAUACAGAAUACUGUAUAUAAUGAUGGACAGUCUUCAGCCAUUCCUGUAGCCAGUAUGGAGUUUGCGGCCAUUUGUCUCAGAAAUGCCUUGUUGUUGUUACCCGAAGAACAGCAAGAUUCAAAGCAGGAAAAUGGAUCUAAAAAUAGUAAUCAACUAGGUGGGAAUACUGAAAGCAGUGAAAGCAGUGAAACUUGCAGUAAAAGCCAUGAUGGAGAUAAAUUCAUUCCAGCUCCACCUUCUUCUCCAUUGAGAAAACAGGAAUUAGAAAAUUUAAAAUGCUCUAUACUUGCCUGUAGUGCUUACGUGGCUCUUGCCCUAGGUGAUAACUUGAUGGCUUUGAAUCAUGCAGAUAAACUUCUUCAGCAGCCCAAACUGUCAGGAUCUCUCAAGUUUUUGGGCCAUUUAUAUGCUGCAGAAGCCCUCAUCUCUCUAGACAGAAUAUCUGAUGCCAUUACUCACUUGAACCCGGAAAAUGUCACUGAUGUCUCCUUAGGGAUCUCUUCAAAUGAGCAGGACCAAGGAUCAGACAAAGGUGAAAAUGAAGCAAUGGAAUCCUCUGGGAAGCGGGCCCCUCAGUGUUACCCCAGUUCCGUCAACUCUGCCAGGACUGUGAUGCUGUUCAACCUUGGCAGUGCCUAUUGCCUGAGGAGCGAAUAUGACAAAGCCCGAAAGUGUCUUCACCAGGCGGCUUCCAUGAUCCAUCCUAAGGAGGUGCCCCCUGAAGCCAUCUUGCUGGCAGUCUACCUUGAACUGCAGAACGGCAAUACCCAGCUGGCCUUACAGAUCAUCAAAAGGAAUCAGCUGCUGCCUGCGGUGAAAACACUCUCUGAAAUGAGAAAGAAGCCAGUGUUUCAGCCUGUCCACCCGCUCCAGCCCAUCCAAGUGCCAGCUUUCACUGUUCAGAGAAAGUGAUGCUUUGCUCUUGGAAAACUGUUACCUGAGACCCCGGGGAGUAUGUAAGGGCCUUUCUAGUUGUGCCACAACAAACAUGAAUAAAGGACAGAUGGUAACGGGUGCUAGUUUUGAAGAUAAUUUUGAAAUGAUUCUAACCCCUGAUUUUUUUUGUCAGACUCUUACUUAAAAUUAAGGUUUCACAAACUCAUUUUCAUCUGCUUAAUCUCUGCUAAACUUUAAAUUUUGAGCCAUUAUGUGAUGUGUCUGUGCCAUAGGCAAUUAAAAAUUGGUCUUAUCACAACAGUCUUGAAUAACAUAUUUUUUCUUUCUUGCAACUACUAGAAUAUUUUGGCAUCUGAGAGAUGGCGUUAAAUUUUAAAAAACUGAGAGAACCUCCUUGGCAAUAGAUGAGUGACCAGCCAGAAUGUGACCUAUGGGCAGAGGGGAAGGAAAGUUGAAGUGUCUCAUGACUAAAAGAAACAAGCUACAGAACAAAACCCAUCGGCUUAAUAUAAUUCAGUUAAGAAAAUUAUCAGAUAAGGAAUCCUUUGCUUAAAAAUUACAAAUGAAGACAAACAGGGUUCAGGGCACUGAUUCUAAAAUCUCUUAGCAAGGUCUUUAAGGUUCCUUGCUAACCCCUUUGCCAAUGCAAAGAAACUUAAAAGCUUCUUUCUAAUGUUACAAGAUGGAAUGGCCAAAAUUUGCUCAUAGGGUUAAUUUGCUAACUUUAAGUAUGGGGACAGAAGAAAACAUAAUACAGAUGCACUAUAGAAAAAUGUGGUCACCCUUUAAGUUAAGAUGAUGUUUGACAGGCAUUUUCCUUGCUGUCUACAUCUCUUUAGUUGCCUAGAGACCAAGUCCAGAUAGGGAAGUGUAACACCCUUGCUGAAUCUGUGCAGCGCCUCAGUUCCACAAUUAGAGAUGGAAUGGUUUGGAUAAGCACAGGACUUAAUCUGAAACUUCAUCUGAAUUGCUGUCAGGAACGGGCUUUACCAGAUACCACCAGCAGACCUUGGUUUAGCUACUUGUCAGAUGGAGACCUGUACCCCUUGCCAGCUGCUAGGAAGGCAGCGAAAGUAGUUAGGUCAUUAGUCUGCUGCAGUUGUUGGGCCAGGCCUGCUCAUUUAAGGGGAGGCCAGUGAAGUGUUUCCCCUCCUGGAGAACUGUAUCUGAAACCUUGUGGUAAGUUAACAUUCCAGCAGCCCAACCUUGCCUUCCAGCCACCUGCCUACCAGGGCAGAUCCCAGCACAUGAAAGGUAAGCUCUUCACCACCUCUCUGGCUCUAUAUUCAGCCCUUCCAUCAGUCAGGAAAGUGUUUCCCACCUCUUUUCCCUUCCCUGACCUUAAAAACCAGUGGCCUUUUCCUAAACCACUUCCACCUGCCUGCAUGGUCCUUGCUCACCCUACACAACUCUUUCCAAGCAGGGCCACCCUUUCAGAACCCCGUGCCCUGUGACUUCCUUUCCCUGACCACUUGGCCAGGAGUUCUGCCCCUUGACUCAGCCCAUGCAAUGACAGGGUUUUUGACCUGUUUGCAAAAUGAUGAUACCUUUUCUCAGGACCCAGUAUGAGGACUCACAGGAGCUGUUGCAUGAGCCUGGUUGUCAAUGAGUACAGGUGAGUUCACUCACUCUACCCCUCCAUUCCUACAGGACCUGCUCAGCCCAGCCACCCUCCACACUUCCUCUCACUGUUCACUCUUCAUCUGUCCCUUCCUGAAGGGACACCCUUCUCCCUGGAAAUCACCUGGAGGAAAGUGACUGAUGACUGUGGACUCUGCAACCAGACUCUUCACCUUCAAAUUGUGGUUUUCUCACUUCCUGGGACAAUUCUGAUCUGGAACAAAUUGAUGUGCUCCUUUGUGCCUCAGUUACUUCAUUCAUGAGGAUUACUAUUGUACCUACAUGUUUGGCGUGGGAUGAGUUUUAGGGGCCUGGCUAUUGUUAUAGCUCCAUGUGUUAUAGCUCUCUAACUUUCCAUUUGUAAUAGAAGGGCUGUCAAAGUAGAGACUGCUGAGCCUCUGAUGCUGGUGGUAGUGCUGUGGGGGGCAGCAGGAAAGAUGGGGUUCCUGGCCCUAAGUUACUGCCUCCUUCAUGUGGACAUGGACAGUUUUUGGUGUUCUGUGUUUGCCUUGUGGAGUCAGUCUCCACAGAAGGGUCAAAUGGGUGUUUCUCAGCCCACCAGAGUCAGCCUCUUCAGUAAGUACUGCCUUGGUAAUGGAAAACUGGAGGUCAGUGGAGACUGAGCCCUGCACCCUGUUACCAUUCUUUGAGGAAUACAGAUUGUUGUAAAUUCUGAGCAGUGAAGGUCUUAGGGUCUUUUUGUCCUUUGCCCUUGUUCCUAAUAAAAAAAGCAAUCACUAAAAAAAAAAAGCAGUCA